AUGUUCAAGGCAUAUCUAGUCCUGCUAUCAGCCUCAUUGGCGCUAGCACUGCCUACUGGCUCGAGUUGCGCAAAUAGCCCCAAGGCUCCAGCUCUCCCCCAAACUGAUGGUGCCAGCAACCUUCCACAGCCCCCAGAGGGUUCCAAGCUUCUGCACAUCGCCCUGGGCUUUGGUAUUCAGAACUAUACGUGCGCCAGCGUGGGCGCGAGCCCCGCGGCUACUGGCGCUCUGGCGAUGCUCUACGAUAUCACCAGCUUCUAUCCCGGCCAAAGCAGUCAAUCUCUUUCACAAAAGGAUUGGGACAGCCUUACUUCCCGCGUUCUGCAGACACAAGAUGUGCCCUUGAACUUCAACUCGUCUACGGAGGGACGAGUUGAACCUGACUCCCCCGGCGCCUCUCAAACCGAUCCAUUCCCCAAGGACGCCCCCCUCGACCUCGAGUGUUCGAAAGCGCCCUUUCUGGGACACCACCUUUUCAACAGCGCCGGCGUCCCCGAGUUCAUCUUGGACGGUGGCAAGAUCAACGUGCUUGCCGGAAAGGACGCAGGGGUGGAUGCUCCCGCCAACGCGGACAAGGGACCAGACGGCACCGGCGCCGUUGCAUGGCUCAAGCUCAGCGCAAAAGAGGGCACCGUGGGCGACGCAAAGUUGGUCUACCGUGUCUCAACAGCCGGAGGUAACAGCCACGGUUGUGGAAAUGCCGCCGGCCAAGAUAGCACCAAGUACACUGCCAUGUACUGGUUCUAUACAUAG